AAGCGGAAGCGGUACGGCGACGUGUGCGGGCGGCUGGCCAUGGCGGGGAGGCUGGAGCCGCACCUGGAGGCGCUGGGGCGGGAGCUGCGGCCGCCCGACCCCGCCGUGCUCUCCGUCCUCCUGGCGCUGCUCGCCGUCGCCAUCACGCUGCUGAUCUGGAGGUUCGUGCAGGGCAGGAGGAGCAGCCGGAAGGCGGUGCUGCUGCUGGGCCUCUGCGACGCGGGGAAGACGCUGCUUUUCGCUCGGCUGUUGACAGGCAAAUACCGCGAUACACAGACUUCGAUAACUGACAGCUCUGCAGUUUACAGAGUCAGCAAUGACAAGAGCGCUAACGUGACCUUAAUCGACCUUCCAGGCCAUGAGAGUUUGCGGCUUCAGUUCUUGGAGAGGUUCAAGGCUGCAGCCAGAGCCAUUGUGUUUGUGGUGGACAGUGUGGCUUUCCAGCGGGAGGUGAAGGAUGUGGCGGAGUUCCUGUACCAGGUCCUGGUUGAUAGCACUGUACUCAAAAACGCACCCGCGCUGCUGAUUGCUUGCAAUAAGCAAGAUGUCACAAUGGCAAAAUCAGCAAAACUUAUUCAACAGCAGCUGGAGAAAGAGCUCAAUACCUUACGAGUGACCCGCUCUGCAGCCCCCACCAGUCUGGAUGGCUCAGCUACUGGGGGACCUACCCAACUGGGGAAGAAGGGCAAGGACUUCGACUUCUCCCAGCUACCCAUGAAGGUGGAAUUUGUGGAGUGCAGUGCUCGGGGCAGCAAGGGAGAGGAGGGAGAUGCUGACUUCGAGGGCCUUGAGAAAUGGCUGGCCAAGAUCGCCUGAACGGAGAAGGGCAGGGCUGGAGGGAGAGACUUGGGGAGGCUGGGGGGCAGGACACUUGGGGACUGAAAGGAAAAAGGUGGUCUGAAGCACUCAAAUCUCAUCUUGCUGUAGAAAGAAGAAACUUAAGCUGGAAGUCAGCAUUGUGGUAUCUUCCUCUGCUGCUCAUGGGCUUGGGAGCAUCGUGACACAAUUGCUGGUGUGAUUUCCUCUGUCCCUUCACACUGCAACAUUUUUUUCCUCUCUCCUCUUCCUUUAUCUUCCUCUGGGAUGUUGAUCUCUGGCCUUCUGUGUUUCUUUAAUCUUUAGGCUUUUCAUUUGGUAGUUGCCAAGCAAAUUAGGAAGGAGUGCACUGCCAGGUGAGAUUGGAGUCUGCGUGUCGUCUUCUGCCUUGGUUUAGCUUUGCAACCCUGUUGCCUCUCAGAACUACUGAUCACCUCCUGAUUCAGACUUUUUUCCCCAGCCUCUCGCUGCUUGGGAGCACUGUGCACAUCACCUAUGCUGACCCAGCAAAGUGCACAGACUCUCUCUCAGUUGGGCAAUCAUUGAAGAGAGUAUAAAAAGCUGUUUUCCUCUGUGUCUCCUACCUUCCUAUUCUUCCAAACUGGUGCAGUCCCGUUUCUGUGGGACUGGAGUGAUCUAUUAAAUGCCAAAACCAGGCUGGCUCCUCUGCCUUUGUCACUGUGCACUCCCUGUGUCCGGCUGCGGUGCCCGUGUCUUUGGGUGAUUUCCACUGUUGGACAGUUCUUGGGAGUUUUUCUUUAACUGAAGGCUAUGUCUUGAAAGCUUGUUUUGCUCUGCUUCUCCUUCCCAUACUUCAGGCUCUUCUCCCACAGACAUGUAAGCACACUCUCCAAGUGGCGGAGUUAUAGUAGGGUCUUCACUUGAAACUAUGAGGUGGGCAUGUUUUUAGAUUUGUACCUACAUUACGUGUGAGAUCUGGCAUGAUAGGCAUUUGUUGUGCAGUCCCCUGCCCAUCUCCUGCUCCAGUGAUGGCAGUAAGAUAUUUUUUUUAUGUGUAAUUAGUCAGCAAUUGUGGCAAAGUGAGAGGAAAAGUCAAGGAACUGCUAGCACAUUAGUCUGAUUCCUCCUCCUGAGGAAGAUGCUCAAUGAAGAGGGGGAAGAAAUGUGAGAUUUUCCCAGUUCGUUCUCAUUUGUCUGUGGUGUUUAAAGCCAAAGCUGUUGCUGUGUGUGAUCUCAACUGUUAAACUUGCAGGGAAGAUUCAGGGAAUGCCUGUCACUGUAGUUAUCUCAGUGGCUCACGAGGCUGCUCAGAGGCUUGGAGUGUUGAAGGGCUCUGAUUCAGCAUGCUUCUAACUGUCCAAGGGGCAUUUGCUCUCCUCCUUCCCAUGCUCUGGCCGGGAGCAUCGGUUAUCCAAAGGGAGAUCUUCCAGCAGCAUUGGUGCUUGGUCAGGUGGGAGACAAGCCCCUGGUGCUGUGCUGGGCGUUCAGCUUCCCCUUCCUGAACAGCCUUAAAACAGUUGCCCUGCCCAGCAACUUAAUAUAGCUUUGUGCUCUGAUGGGCUGUCAUUUCUGUGCAGCACCUAUGUGAGGAUGAUUGCUCUCCACACCACAUAUUGUGAGGUCCUACGGCAUUGAAAUUUUUCCUUUGUUUUUGUUGCUUCCCCUUUUGUUUUAGGGUAGGAGGGAGUGGCUGGCUCCUGGUAGGCUUUUUAUGUCCUUUGCAGGCUCCUCUCUGAUUUGAUACUUCCUUCAUCACUCAACUAGUCUGUUGUGUUCUUUUCCUUUUUGUCUGAGGCAUUUUCUGCUUCGCUGUAGCAUUGCCAACUGUUAGCAGCAAGAGCAAGGUCCUGUGCUUGUGAGGGAGCUGGGCCUUGCAUUUCUAGUCUUGUGAACCCAGUGGCUCUUCUGCUAUCCAUGCAGGAGGUGGGGAGGGUUAUAUUCACAAAGUAUGUUAUAUUCUUCUAUUUCCUGCAGCCAGAGCAUUGUUGGAACAUGUUUGUCAUGCUUUGAACUCCUUUAGCUGGAGAUCCUUCCUAGGCUGCCUGCUUUGAAUCUGUAAUGCUGAAGUGAGAAUAUUGCUGUUUCUUUGGGUGGUUAUUCUACUUGCAAAGACUUGUCUCCUUGAAAAGCAGAGGCCAAGCACCAGCCUCUGCUGGGUUAAGGGGGGAAGGUAGCAUGAGGCCAUGGUUGGUUUUAAGUUAUUCUUACUAAAAGUAUUCCUUAAAUAAAAUUUUUUUGCUUAAA